GCAGUAUUCGCUUGUGACUAGUCACCUAUGAUGGCCGUGCCGCCUGUACUUUUGGUGAGAAGAAUGACUCUAAGGCCCCGCCCUGCGUCUUCGGAUGUUGUGGUGGUUAGGUAUGGCGCCAGUUUUGGGCCAAGCUCAGCGCUUGUUUGCAAAAAAAAAAACACAGGAACUACAGCACAGGAACGAAAGAAAGUUUGCCGCUGUACCAUACGGAACAUUUCACAACUUUGCAACACUGCCAGAAAGUUUGUUUCUAAGAACGCUAACCCUUGCACACAUCAGCCUACAUACUCUUUUAGACUUUUGAGACAGACUAGAAAAGUAACGACCGGACCGGGGCCCUCCAUCGCGCGCGGACUUUUGGCGCUAGCACUAGCAGCACACCCAAUAACCCACCCGCCGGGGCAACAUUGUCUGACAUCCGAGCCUAUGAGAUGCAAAAAUGUCUGGGUCUGGAAGAGUGUGAACUUGUCACGCAGGUUUUCCAUGACCCCUAUGAGCUGUAAUGGAUGACCUAGCAUGACAGAUUCCGCAAGAUCACUGUCGUGCCUAUCCUGCAUGAGAAACUCCCUCCCAAUUUGGUCGAAAGUGGACAGCUGUAGGCACUCACGCAACACAGAUUUUUGCAUGAUUCGGAUUUAGCAUGACAAGUUGCAAUGAUCUUCCAGACCCAGACACUUUUGCAUUUGAUAGAGCCGGGGGCAAUGGUCGGGAAUUUUUUGGAUGACCUUUCCGAGGAGGAGCCUGCGGGGCGUGGCCGCUCCGUAGCGCCACCGGGCAGCCAGCACUCGUCCGUGUCGGAUAUCGUGGAGGCCAGCGGUCGUGGACUUACGCAAUCACGCCAAAGGC